AUGGAGGACUUGGAAAAUAAUACCACUGUCUUCUCUACCCUGAGAUCCCUCAACAACUUCAUUUCACAGCGUAUGGAGGGGGUGUCUGGGCUGGCUACCCCAGGAUCAUCUCAAAGCUCCUUACAGAUGCAGUACCAGCAGAGGAUGCAGCUGGAGGAGCAAGCUGGGCAGAUCCACUCCAAAUCCCAGCUGCUGCAGGUGGAACGGGAGAAGAUGCAGAUGGAGCUGAGCCACAAACGAGCUCGCAUUGAGCUGGAGAAGGCAGCUAGCACCAAUGCCAGGAACUAUGAGCGAGAGGCCGACCGAAACCAGGAGCUGCUCACACGCAUAAAGCAGUACCAGGAAAGAGAAACAGAGGCUGAAAAUAAACUGAAAGAACAAAUGGAGAUGAACAAAUCUUACAAGAAGAGCAUGGAGACGAUGAGUAAGAAGAUGCAAGAGAAGGAGAGCAAAUUAACUGAAGCUAACGAAACAAUCACUGUAUUAAAAGGAAAAAUAUCAGAGCUGCAAUGGAAUAUAAUGAACCAAGAGAUGCAGAUGACAAGCCAAGACUCUCAGAAGCAGGAACUGAUGGAGCAGCUGGAUAUUGAAAAAAAGAAAUGGCAGGAGGCAAGUCAGCAGAUCCAGACACUGCAAGCAAGCCAGUCCUUACUGGCAGAAUAUGAACAGAAGAUUAAGGACCUGGAGCAGAAGCUGUCCCAGCAGGAACAUGAUGCUCUAAUUGUCAAGAACAUGAAGGCAGAACUGGCUCUUUUCCCAAAAAUGGAGCGUGAAUUGCGCCAGCUCAGGGAGGAAAAUGCCUACUUCAGGGAAAUGAAAGAAAACAAUGGUUUGCUUAAGGAGGAAGUGGAAGGUCUCCAAAGAAAACUGGAACGCUUUGAGAAAGUCCAAGCACAGCUAGUGACUGUGGAAUUGGAAAAUGAGAAACUUCUGGGAAAAUUACAAAGCUGGGAGAAACUGGACCAGAGCACUGGCUUAAAUAUCAGGACACCUGAUGAUCUCUCGAGACAAAUUGUGGCCCUGCAGCAGCGGGAGCUUGUCCUGAAAGAGCAGAAUUCCACCUUCAUGAACAGUGCCCGGAUGCUGGAGAAGGCCCGGCAGCAGCUGCAGGAGGAAAUCCUGUGUGUCCAGAGCCAGCUCCUGGAUGAGAAGAAGAAACGAGAGCACCAGGAAGCGCUGGUCAGGCGGCUGCAGAAACGUGUGGUGCUCCUCACCAAGGAGCGUGACGGGAUGCGGGCGAUCCUGGAGUCGUACGACAGCGAGCUGACCCCGGCGGAGCACUCGCCGCAGCUGAGCCGCCGCAUGCGCGAGGCCGAGGACACGGUGCAGAAACUGCACGCUCACAACGCCGAGCUGGAGGCUCAGCUGUCUCAGGUUCUGGAAGAAGUGGGAAGCCACAAGCAAAGAGCAGAGAUGCUGGAGGUGGAGAUGAAGGUCCUGAAGUCUCAGCAGGGCACGGCUGAGCAGAGCACUGUCAUCACCAAGGAGGAGGUGGACACCCUCAGGUUGAAAAUUGAGGAGCUGGAAGCUGAACGCAGCAAGCUGGCAGAGGAGAACAGAUCUCUGGAAAUGAAGCUGGAGAAGCUCACUCUGCAGGGUGACUACGACCCCAGCAGAACCAAAGUUCUCCAUUUCAGCAUGAACCCAAUGAGUUUGGCCAAGCAGCAGCGCAAGGAGGAGCAGCAGCAGCUGCAGGAGGAGUGUGAAAGGCUCAGGGAACUCGUCAGGGUGCUCAAAGGAGGUGGCUCUGUCUCUGGGAAUCUGGAAGGAGUUGGGGGUUUUCAGUCCCCACAAGAAGUUGCAGAGCUGAAGAAGCAAGUGGAAAGUGCAGAACUGAAAAACCAGCGCCUGAAAGAAGUUUUCCAGACCAAGAUCCAGGAGUUCCGCAAGGUGUGCUACACACUCACGGGCUACCAGAUCGACAUCACCACGGAGAACCAGUACAGGCUCAGCUCCAUCUACGCCGAGCACCAGGGGGACUGCCUGCUUUUCAAGGCCUCCAGCUCCUCCGGUGGAAAAAUGCAGCUUCUGGAAACGGAGUUCUCACGAACCAUCCGGGAGCUCAUCGAACUCCACCUGCUGCGCCAGGACAGCAUCCCAGCCUUCCUCAGUGCCCUCACCCUUGACCUCUUCAGCCGCCAGACCAUUGCCUAG